AUGCAUUCGAAACUCGAUAGUAGGACUCGUUAUCCGUGCUCUGGUGGUGCUGCUUCUAAUGGAACAGUUGCCCCGUCGUUGAUCUUCAACUACAGCGCUCCGUCGCCUCGUCAAGUUGCCCGAACAACUUGUGCAGCUGUCGUUGCUCGCGACUUGCUGCAUUUGUCAGACACCACAUCAUCUCUUUCUGCACGGUCUAAUCAGAGUUCCAAUGCUGGGGCGGAAUCUGAAUCCGAACCGCCGCGGCAUCGGCACAAGCAUCGGCGGUCUCACGUUCAACAGGUGAUGACUACUCUGAACUGUAUAUUUUUUUUAGUAAACUACUAUUUUUGA